AUGUUUGAAGAAUAUUUAAAUCAAGAAUAUUUUGAAUAUUUAGCAGCACACAUCGAUUUCACAGAAACCUACUUUUUAGCAGCAGUUGCCUGUAUUAUUUUCAAUCCAUUAUGGUGGAAUAUUACUGCUAGAUUGGAAUAUAGAACCCAAUUUAUGACCAAAAUGUGUGGUGGUCCAUAUAAAGGAUGUUAUUUAUUAGCAUUUUUAAUUUUCGCUUUGGGUAUAUUAAGAGAUUAUUUAUUCUCAGAAGCAUUAAACAGACAAGCAGUUUUUGCUGGAUUUGACAACUUUGAAUGCGAAGUUAUUAGUUAUAUUUUAUAUGGUGUUGGUGGUAUUUUAGUAUUAGGUGCAUACUUAAAAUUAGGUAUUACAGGUACUUAUCUUGGUGAUUAUUUUGGUAUUUUAAUGAAGGAAAGAGUCACCGGUUUCCCAUUCAACGUUAUGAACAAUCCAAUGUAUAAUGGUUCAUGUAUGUUAUUUUUAGCCCAUGCCAUCUCUGGCAAGAGUUUAGCAGGUGUUGCUUUAACUAUUGUAGUAUACAUUGUUUAUAAAUUUGCUUUAGUCUUUGAAGAAUCAUUCACAAAUUAUAUUUAUUCCAAUGCCGCUAAAAAAUCUUCAAAAAAAUCAAAUUAA